AUAUCAAUUUAAUUGGUCAAGUAGAAUUAGCACGGUCUGUGUCAAUGGUAUUAUUUUUUAUGUUUCUGUUAUCAAAAGAUAUUAUAGGGUACAAAUCCAUUUAAUUAAGAUAUUAAGAGUUGCGUAUUUAAAGGUUUGCUGCGGGACUAACUAGAAAACAACUUUUUCGAGAUCUUUUUUUUAAUUUUUUUUAAUUCCACAGAUAUGCAUUCACAGAUUUAUUUGUACAGUGUCUAAUACAAGAGGCUUGACGAAAGUGAAACAUAGUCAUGAAAAAGUCAUAGGGAGAAUUUCGCCGCUGACGAUUUAUCAAUUUUCCUCAUAGUCGCACUUUCUUUUGUGGCUUCCUCAAAUCUAGAAAUCAACAAUUUCUCUGUUGAGAGAGAGGCAAAUGACUGUACACAACUCUUUCAUAAAAUCAAUUAGAUAAGUAAGUCUGAUGUCAUCAUAUCAUUACACUAAAAAAUACCGCAAUCUGAGAUUAUAAUAAUGCGCGGCUAAUUACCGUCAAAACAACCUCUUCCGUCCCAACAUGUUGGAAAUGACCAAGCAAAAACAAAAGAUACUGGGUGAAGUUGAAAGAAAUAAAAACGUAUAAAUAAAGCUGGAUAUUUCAUUUUACUUCACACUACACUUCUCUUGCAUCUGAAGAGUUAGGAAAGACAUAUCUUGGGAUUACUGACAAUCAAUCGGCAAUGGAAGGAUUAGUAAAGACAUUGGAAGUGGUGCUAUUAAUACCAAUACUGCUAACAAGCUCAGCCCAAGGUCAAUCUUUUAAUCCUGGAAAUACGUUUGCCAACUGUGUGAAUCCGAUUCCUACUACUCUUUGCAAAUCCUCCCUGCCAUUUCGGUUUGUUGAUGGAAGAUGUAACAACCUUGCUCGGCCAACUCAGGGGGCAAAAGACACAGCAAUGGCUCGUCUUUUACCUGCUGAUUAUGUCGAUAAAAACAAUCUUGAUACACCUCGUGGUUUUCCUGGAACAUUUCCACGUGUUCCUACAGCUCAUGAAGUUUCACGUGCAGUAUUCAGAGUUCAGUUUAAGAACGAGCAAAGUUCAUCGUUAUCAACAAUGUUUAUGGCAUUUGGACAAUUUCUUGAUCAUGAUUUUGGAUACACAACUCAUCCAACAUGUGACGUGUCGGCAGGAUGCGGUUCUGUUACUGCCUUCACAUAUCCAUGUUUCCCACUGAUAAUCAGAUCAGGUGGAUCAAGCUGUACAUCGCUGGCAAGAUCAGUUCCGGUCUGUCAACCAAAAUUUUCACCACGAACCACAAGAGAACAGUUAAACAUAAUAUCUUCUUACAUUGAUCUUUCCCAAGUCUACAGCAACGAUAUAAUCGUACACAAGCAAUUGAGAAGACUAGAUGGUACUGGUUUAAUGAGAGUCACCUCGUCAAAUUUGCUACCAAUUAGGCUCUUACCAUCAGAUCCGGAAUGUGGAAAUCCAGGCGGAUGUUCAUUGGUUGGUGAUGAUAGAGGAGACGAAAAUUUUGUGUUAAACACGUUACAUACGAUAUUUGUGCGAUAUCACAACUACAUAGCAAAAAAACUAAAAGUUUUGACAAGAUCCUUCAAUGAAAAGUUUCUUUUUGAGACAGCGAGGAAGAUAAAUAUUGCUAUUUAUCAACGCAUUGUUUACAACGAGUUUCUCUCACCUCUUGUUGAUUUAGCUCCAUACAGAGGUUACGAUUCGUCAGUGGAUGCCACUAUAACUAAUGUCUUUUCAACAGCAGCCUUCAGAUUCGGCCACAGUUUAGUUCCAAAUGCAUGGGCGCAACUCAACAAAAACUUUGACCGGGCGUUCAACGAUAUCUCUCUUCAAGCUUCGUUUGAAAACACCCUUCCGAUUCGUCGUCGCGGUAUAGAGCCAACAGCAUUUGGUUUAUUGGCAAACCGAUCGCAACGAGUUGAUACAACUUUUGCGUUUGGAAUAGCCCGAAGGUUACUCGUUCCUGUAGGAGAGAGAAGACUUGAAGAUUUGACAGCUUUGAACAUUCAACGAGGACGAGAUCAUGGUUUGAAAACAUAUGGAGCUUGGAGACGAAGAUGUAGACUGCCAGCAAUCAGUACCUUCGCCGAUCUGUUUGGAAUUAUGCCUAAUGCAGCAGUUAAAAAUUUCCAAACAGUGUACAACAAUCCGAAUGACAUUGACAUAUUUGCAGCUGGUAUUGCAGAAUUUCCUAUCAACAGAAAAAUGCUUGGCCCAACUUUCCAAUGUAUCCAAAAAAUCCAAUUUGAGCGGUUUAGAGAUGGUGAUCGAUUUUGGUAUGAAAACCCUGGUGUCUUUACCCCAGAUCAGUUGAUUGAAAUUAAUAAAAUGACAUUGUCAAAGGUUUUGUGCAGCACGUUAAAUGGUAUUGUUUCUAUCCAAGGAAGGGCUUUAAGAGCUGUUUCUUCCAACACAGUACGAAGAGAGUGUGGAGGUAUUCCAGAUAUUGAUUUGAGGAAGUGGAUAAGUUAGCUAAUAAAUAUGUGAUGUAAUUUGCAACUUUUUUGAGUUUACGCACUUAUUUGAAAUUGAAUAUUUAAAAUCUGUCUGUUUGUCUCAUUUAUAAUCAUUUUUUAGACCCAGACUUUGCCCUUGUUUAAAACUCCAAAAAGAGUUUGUUUGAAGUAACUUUUUCACUUCUGCACUGUUGUGAACAAUCUUCUAUAUUUGGUUGCUGAAGUUUUCCUAAAUUACUCUUUUUUUUCCAUUUUUUUAGAUGUAGCUUUUUCUCAGUCCGCUUAUUUAUAUAAUUUAUUAGUCAAUGUAAUUGAAUUUAUUAGGUGUCGAUAAGAUUUUUGUUGGACGUAAAGUGUUUUUUUUCUAGACAAUAGAAAUGGCAAUUAAAUGCUCCGUUAAAACAACAAGAUUCACAAACUGCUAAGUAUGUCGUUAUUAAAAAUAUGUUUAACCACAAACCAUUGCCAAUGGUGGCAGACCCAAUUAUAUUGUUUACUUAAUAUUAAAACAAACAAAUAGUAAAAAUUAGUAUAUAAUACUUGGGAUG